AUGUCAAAAGAGAGCUCAAGUCCCGCUAAACCAAACAAGGUAGAAUUACAACAUCCGAAAUACGAAGAUAUGAUUCGAGACGCCAUCAUCACUUUGGAUGAACGUAAUGGAAGCAUCCGUCAAACUAUUAAGAAAUACAUUUUGACUACAUAUAACCUUCCCGACAACACAAAUACAAAUAAUCGUCUCCGAUUGGCUAUCCAUAAAGGUUUCGACAAAGGAAUUUUAUUUUUUUCCAAUGGGUCAUGUGGUCCUAUCAAAUGUGUAAAGGAAGUGCCGAUUAAAAAAGAGAAGUUAAACGGCUCAAAAAUGGAAAGACCAAACUCUUUUAAAAAUGGCCCAAGUGGAACUAAGAAAGAGAAGGAAGAACCCGAAAAUAAGGAAAAGCCAAGGUCUUUUCAAAAUG